AUGCCUAAUGAUGGCGAGCCGAACGAGGGCUUUCCUGAAUGGUCGGCACUGCCCACAUUCCCCACGCCAUAUGUGCAAUCCACAGCAUGGAACUCAUCCUUCAAGUUCUCGCCGGAACAGAUCGAGCUUGGUCAACUCUGGCCUGAGCUAGCGGAGAAUCUGGAAACCAUCCUGAAUUUUGAUCGUUCGCAACUGGCCCAUGGCGGGCCAAGUCAGGAUAGCUUCUACAAGCUUGACCAUCUUGCCACCAUUCCUAAUCGUCCAGGCGAAGUCCUUAAAGUCGAAUAUGUCACGAAUCCUGAAGUCUGGAAUAUUCCCGCGAAGACGGCCCUGUCAUGGUUUGUCUACACAACAACAAAUGUCAACGGAACCCUUAUACCGGCUUCUGCUUACGUUCUCUGGCCUUUCACUGCGAAGAAGUUGAACAUCAACUCAACCGGCAAAGCUCCUGUUGUUUUGUGGUCGCAUGGUACUUCUGGCUUCUUCGCUGACGGCUCACCCUCCGCGCACCGAUCCCUCUUCUACGGAAACAUCAUGCCAUUUACGCUUGCUCAAGCCGGGUAUGUUGUCGUUGCUGCAGACUAUGCUGGUCUUGGUGUUAAGUCGUCGUGGGAUGGCAGCUAUGUCCCGCAUCAAUAUCAAAAUCGAGUGGCUCAGGCCUUCGACAGCUUGUACGCUCUGCGGGCGGCUCGAACAGUGUUUGGGGCAAACAUUACCGAGGAGUACGUCAAUGUUGGACACAGUCAGGGCGGUGCAGCUGCAUGGGGCGUAUCGGAGACGCUUGCGCAGAAGUCCGACAACGAGUUCAAAGACUUAGAGCCAGGUUACCUUGGCUCUGUUCUCUUCGCUCCCGGCAUCGAUACGUUCGCUCAAGGUCCUCAGGUCUUCGGCCCAUGGAUCGGGAAAGACUUGCAGCUGAUGUAUCCGGAUUUCAAGUUAUCAGAUUGGCUUUCGCCACUUGGAAUCGCUCGUACUGAGCUGCUCACUCAGAUACAGGGUGGUCAGUAUGUCUCCGAGCUCCUAUUCUUGGCCAAUGCAACGGAGAUAUUGAACCCAGCAUGGAACCAAACCUGGUACGCAUCCGCCUUCAACCGCCUCGUCAAUCCUGGCAAUCGCAAGUAUAAAGCUCCAAUGGUCUUGUUCUCAGGGACCACGGACUCAGACGGUGUGCUGUACAAGCUCGGAAAUGCAACAUUCGAGUCAACUUGCCGCGAUUUCUACAGUGGGCCUUUCGAGCUCGUGGCCAUUCCAGGGGCUGAUCACUUCCCGGGGAUGGACGCCUCGAGGCAGCAGUGGUUGCUAUGGAUUGAAGAUCGAUUCAACGGGAAGGCGCUUAGCUCGCAGCAGUGCACGAGAUCAACGCUGAACAGCUUUUUGCCAGGUGGCUCUUACCAGAAGGAUAGCACAUCCUUUCCGCAAUGGGCUGGCAUGCCGAAUGAGUUCUUCGAGCUGGUCGCUGGAGGAUUCUAG